GGAGAGAGUUUUCUCCUCUGUGGGCGAAAGCCGAAAGGACGAGUAGAAGGACUAAAAACUCGAGCGCGAGCGAGCGAGCGAGCGAGAGAGAGAGAGAGAGAGAGGACCUCGUUUCUGCUCCCAGUGCCAAGCCCCAUUAGUUCUCAAAAGGCCUAUAUCGCCUGAGCGAAGUUAAAGGGUGCUGCCGUUGAAGAAUCGCAGAUGGGGUCUCUGCUUGGCGACUGGCCCUCCUACAAUCCUCACAACUUCAGCCAACUCCGACCCGCCGAUCCUUCUGCCCAGCCUUCCAAACUCACGCCUGUCACAUAUCAUCCUACUCAUAGCAGGACUCUUCCACCGCCUAAUCAAGUCAUAUCAACUGAAACCAGAAAUAUCCUUUUGAGACAAUUCUAUCAGAAACCAGAGGAAAAGUUGAGACCAAAAAGGGCUGCCUCGGAUAAUUUGACUCCUGCUCAUGGCUCCAAGCAGCUUAGAGGGGCCUUUGCAGAUGGUUCCAACUAAGCUUCAUCACAUGGUCUAGGUUUUUUUUCAUAUGUCCAGUGUGCCUACUCCUACCUUGAUAUCUUCAUCAUAUAGCAGUCUUGAUGACCAUUCUUUUUUUUUUGGUCGAUGGAUGUUGCAUGCUUUGCAGGCAUGUGGUGUAUGUGAAUAGUUAUAGUUUCUGAAUGGAUGAAUUAAUAAACAGGGAGGUAGAAUUCCCAUUUGUGAUA